AUGUCUUUCAUCGUUGACCAUGCGCGCUCUGCAUGGAAUGACAAGCAGACGCACGUUGUUGCGUUCUCUGCAACAGCAAUUGCGCUGUAUGGUUACGAUCAGGGUAUGAUGUCACUCAUCAACACGAACAAAGAUUACCUGUCUACUAUGGGCAUCGAAGAAGAGUCGCCAAUCGUCGGUGUUGUAGUCGCUGUGUACUAUCUCGGUACUGCUGUCGGAGCUGUGUUCUUCUCCUGGUUGGCGGACAAGCUUGGACGUAAGAAGAGUAUCUUCUUCAGUUUAGCUUCGGCCAGUCUGGGCAAUGCAAUCAUGUUCAUCGCCGGCUUUAAAUUUCAGCAGACGGCACUGUGGGUCAUGUUAGCGGGCAGGAUCAUCAUGGGCCUUGGAGUUGGCGGCAUCGACGCUGUGAUUCCAACGUACUCGUCCGAGUUGUCUGCCGACGAUGCCAGAGGGAAGGCAUUGGCACAAGAGUUCCAGUCCAACAUCUUCGGUCUGGUCAUGGCGUUUGGUAUCAACUUAGGUGUUACUGUAGCUCUGGGCACAGCAAACCAGUGGGCCUGGAGAAUUCCCAUCGUGGUGAUGCAGGUGUACCCCGUUGUGCUCAUGGCACUGGUCGGGACGCUGCCAGAAAGUCCAAGAUGGUUAAUCUUCAAUGACAAGCAAGACGAGGCCAAGAAUGCCUUGGAGCAGAUAUAUGGCGACGAGGGCAAGCAACAGUUCGAUGACUUGGUGGAGGCGCACGAGAAGGAACAGGGCGACAGCGUAGGUUACUUCGACAUGCUUAAUCCCUACCAUCCGCAGUUUCACCCGACCAUGGUCACCAUCAUGGGCCAGAUCAAUCAAGCUCUCACUGGAUACGGAGCUGUCUCUGUCUAUGGUCCUCAAAUCUUUCAGCUUCUUGGUUUCGACACUCGUACUUCAGAGUACAUCACACUUGGCAACUAUACCUCAUACUUCUUCUUAAUGACAUUCGCCUGGCUUCUUAUCGACGCGCUUGGUCGCCGCAAGUUGCUCAUCCAGGGCUCUGUGGUACUUGCAACCUCUUUCCUCAUUCUGACCGUCUUCGGCGGUCUUUCAGAAAACUCGUCAAAGAUCGACGUUCCAGUCAUUGUGCCAGGUAUUCUCGGCUCUAUCACGCUAUUCGUCGCGACAGGUGCUUUCGGAAUCGGUUGGCUUACUACCGUCUGGCUGAUACCAACGGAAAUCUUCCCCACCACGGCGAGAGCCAAGGGAACUGCCAUAUCCGUCAUUAUAUGGGGGAUUGCGAACUUCGGCAUCACCUUCUUAACACCCGUCAUGUUCAACAAGCUAUCCUACUUCAUAUUCCUGGUAUUUGCCGGAACGAACGCCGUCGCCGGUCUGUGGACCUACCUCUAUCUCCCUGAGACUGGCGGCAGGAGCUUUGAUGACAAUCAGGAGUUCUUCAAGCAAGCUGGUGAAACGAGAACAUGGCGGGUCCACAAGGUUGCGAAGGGCGAAUGGUCCAAGAUGCUCUACACAGACCCCGAGAGCGACGAUGACCGUGUCGUCGAUGCGGAAAGGGUGCCUCUGCUGAGGAGGGUACAUGAUCAGGUCCCAAGUGCUGAGUAG